CCUCCCAACCUCAGAGAAUUGUUCUGAACCGAGGUCAUUGCCGGACACCCUAACAAGUUCAAACAAUGACAAACAAACAGAACUAAAUCAUUAUGGACCAUCGCUUGAUGUACACCUUCAAACCUCAGAGAGUACUUCAGGACCAUGGUUUUCAUUGUCAGACAUCCUAACGAGUUCAAACAAUGACCUGUUUGCGACUGAACAAACAGAAGUAAAUCAUUAUGGACCAUCGCUUGAUAUACACCCCCAAACCUCAGUGCCUGAAAUCCUAACGAGUUCAAACAACGACCUUUUUGGGUCUGAACAAGCAGAACUAAAUAAUUAUGGACCCUCACUUGAUGUACACCUGCCAACCUCAGUGCCUGAAAUCCUAAUGAGUUCGAACAAUGAUCUGUUUGGGACUAAACAAACAGAAAUAAAUAAUUAUGGACCCUCGCUUGCUGUACACCUCCCAACCUCAGUGCCAGAAUUCCUAACGGGUCCAAACAAUGACCAGUUUGAGACUGAACAAACAAAACAAAAUCAUGAUGGAGCCUCGCUUGAUGUACACCUCCCAAGCCCAGAGACUCCUUGUUUGGAACCAGGGUGUUCACUGACUGACAUCCUAACGGGUCCGAACAAUGACCUGUUUGAGAUUAAACAAACAGAAGAAAAUCAUGAUGGAGCCUCGCGUGAUGUUGAUGUACACCUCCCAAGCCCAGAGACUCCUUGUUUGGAACUAGGGUGUUCACUGACUGACAUCCUAACGAGUCCCAACAAUGACCUCUUUGAGAUUGAACAAACAGAAGAAAAUCAUGACGGAGGCUCGCUUGAUGUUGGUGUACACCUCCCAAGCCCACGGUGUUCAUUGACUGACAUCCUAACGAGUCCGAAGAAUGACCUCUUUGAGAUUGAAAAAACAGAAGAAAAUCAUGAUGGAGCCUUGCUUGAUGUUGAUGUACAGCUCCCAAGCCAAGGGUGUUCAUUGACUGACAUCCUAACGAGUCCGAAGAAUGACCUCUUUGAGAUUGAAAAAACAGAAGAAAAUCAUGAUGGAGCCUUGCUUGAUGUUGAUGUACAGCUCCCAAGCCAAGGGUGUUCAUUGACUGACAUCCUAACGAGUCCGAGCAAUGACCUGUUUGGGACUGAACAAACAGAAGAAAAUCAUGAUGGAGCCUUGCUUGAUGUUGAUGUACAGCUCCCAAGCCAAGGGUGUUCACUGACUGACAUCCUAAGGAGUCCGAGCAAUGACCUGUUUGGGACUGAACAAACAGAACUAAGUCAUUCUGGACCCUCUCUUGGUGUACUCCCAAGCUCAGAGAGUCCUUGUUUGGAACCAUGGUUGCUUGAAAUCCUAACGGAUUCGAACAAUGACCUGUCUGGGACUAAAGACACAGAACCAAAUCAUGAUGGACCCUCGCUUGGUGUACUCCCAAGCUCAGUUGCUUCUGUUACCUCUGUGAUUACACAAGAAAAAUCUGGUGGGAGUGACAUGUUUAACUGGAAGGCAUUCUUUGAAACUACUCACGUCACGCAACCGUUAGUGUCUAAUAGUGGGGUCAUGAAUGACAAAGGGAACCACAUGAACAAUCAGAUCGAUCUAGGGAAGUCUUUUGGCAGGGUCGGUUGUUCAUCGACAAGAAUGGGUCUGGCUAAUGAGAUAAUGAUGUCUGCUAACUGUACAACGAAUCAGCAAGUCGUAUCAGGGAACCAAGCAAGUUACCCCAAUGAUGGUGUUCUCAUCCCAGGCUCAGUUCCUGCUAGUACCGUUGUGAUUACUGACGAGCCUUCAGGGUCGCAAGCUCAAGUCGAUGACAUGCUUAACUGGGAUCAGAUUAAUGAGAUAAUGAUGGAUGAUAACAGUACGACGAAUCGGCAGAUCGUACCGGAGAACCAAGCAAGCUACCCCAGUCAUGGUGUUCUUAUCCCAGGCUCAGCUCCUGCUACUGUUAGUACCGCUGUGACCACUGAGAAGCAGCCUUCAGGGUCGCAAGCUCAAGCCAAGCCCAUGUUUAACUGGGCUGUCUUCUUCAAAAAGCCUCUCGUGACGCAACCCUCCGUUCCCAGUACUCCAUUCAUGAAUGGAAAGACGAUCCAGCAGCUGCCCCAAUAUAACAGCUUCAAUGGCAGCCAGACCUUCCUGCAGAUUGACCCGGGGAACUUGCUGAGCAAUAGCAACAGCAACAUCAACAUCUCAUCUGAGACAGCAGUGCUGGAGCAGAUAGGCCAGAGCCUGCUCCUGGAUGACAACGAGGCUGACGUGGUCGAUGCUGUAGAGGAAGAGAGGCUCCUGAGCACGGUGAACUCGCUGUCCUCCUUAAUUCGGUAAGCUUCAGUCAUAUAUCAGCGGAGAGUUCCCAGGCCAGCAAUAUGCGGCCGCCUGCGUAUUUUGGCCCCUGAUGAUGAACUUCUCGUCUGAUUAUUGUGUGGCAAUAAGUGCUUGUGGCACAAAGACUUCAAACUGCUGGACUGAUGCCUAUUGUCCGAGAUGCUGUACUUUUAUUUCCUUGUUAUGGUGCGGAUGAACAUUUUUUUCUUCAUUUUUUUCCGGGUGGUGCUGAUGAACAUCGACAUGUGGACCGGUGAGUGGUAAUAAGAUUCCAAACUAUGUGGAAGGUUUAUUGACUUAUGCCUUGAUGUUAUUAUUUACCAAUA